AUGCGUGAGCCCCGUCGAGUCCUGCGGACAUCAUCAUGCCCACUGCUUGGUAGACUUGGCACACUUCUUUCGGUCUGCGCUGGUGGCUACUCCCUGCUGAGAGAGCAGUACGUCUCUGCAAGUUGCCUUGUGCCGACACAGGUCUUCAAAGAGCAUGGGAUUCUGUACGCAACGCCUUACGACCACGAGGUUCGCGUGAAGCUGGGUUCAAUAAUGGGACAGCGGAUUGGCGAUGCAAUACGGAAGGCACAAGAGGCUCGAAAGCUGGAUGAAGAUGCCGAGAUACCUGGUAUAUUCAACUCGAUAUCGCCCGGCUGGUGGCUGCAGCAGCUCGACAGUGGCGGCGUCCGCGUAGAAAGAUGUGCAUGGCAACAUCUCGAGUUUGAGCAAAUUGACGCCGACUAUGUUGUCAAGGAGGGGGACCGAGCCCGGCUCAUGAUCCACGUUCACGAACGCGCGGCUCCUGAUGUGGAGAUUCCUAUCGUGUAUGAGGAUCGCCAGUUUCUAGCCAUCUCAAAGCCUGCCGGGGUGGAUAUCACUGCAAACCCAAGCUGCGGGAGUGUGCGGCUGUCUGUCAUCGGAAUGCUGGAAGCCAUGGGCUACUCCAAUGUCUACCCAGCUCAUCGCAUUGACAAGCCAGUGUCCGGGGUGCUCUGCUUCGGGAAGAACAAGAAGGCCCUCUCCCGGCUGAUGCGCUGCAUCCGCAACCGCAAGGUGCAGAAGACCUACCUGGCACGGACCCUCGGAGGCCCCGAGGAAGAUGGCCUGAGGAUACUGGAACCACUGGAUGUCGUCCAGGAUAAGUUGACCAUGAAGAGCGUUGCGGUCGCAUCUGCCACGGGCAAACGCGCGGAGAGCGUAGUGGAGAAGGUCCUCGCGCGGCAUGAGGAUGGCACUGCCACGCUGGCAGUUCGCAUCCUCACCGGGCGGUAUCACCAGGUGCGGUGCCACUUGCAACAGGCCGGUUGGCCCAUUGCCAACGACCCCACCUACGGUGGCGUUCCGCAACUGGGGCAGGAGAUCUUCAAUGGUACGCGCGCCCGGCAGAUGAUCCAGGAGUAUCAGUACCCAGGGUGCAAGUCCUGUGAGUACUUCCAGGACGUCGUGUCGGGCGAGGAGCCUCCUCCAAGAUUGGACCCUACCAUUUGGCUGCACAGCUGGCACUAUGACUUUCCGACGCUGGGGCUCUCCUUCGAAGCGCCCCCACCCGACUGGGCGGGCAUGUCGUAG